UGGUUUUCUUUCACGAUUGAUCUUACAGGUGAUGUGAUGUGAUUUGAUCAGAGAUACGCCUAUGACUUCAUAUAGGUUUAUUCAUUCAUAUUUACAAAAUUAAAUGUACUAUUUCGUAGCAAUAUGCUAGAAUUGCUAGCAUUUGCUCAUAAACUUGUUAAAUAUGAUUAAAUUUUAAUUAAUUUAUUCAUAAAAUUAAUCAUGACAGCCAAUUGGUUAAAGGAUUUAAAUUUAAAGCCCAGAUCAAACUCAGUGAAAACUUUCAAAUCAUAUGUUAAUUUAGAUCCUGAAGAAGGAGGAGGAAAGUCAGAUCCUGCUGAUUUUUCUCAAGAAUCAAAAUUUAAAGACGAGGAAGAAGAUUUUUAUGCUAAAGGAACUCCAUAUCCUGAGCCAACUCUUUUACCUGGAGAAGUUAUUAUUUCUCAAGCUGAAAAUGUUCUGAAGUUCAAUACAUUAAGUGAAUUGAAUAAAGGAAUAUCUGGUCUUUUAAUAUGUACAAAUUUUAAAGUGAGCUUUGUGACUGCUGAAACUUUUCCUUCCAAUUUGCAUCAAAAAAAUGCCUUACUUGGAGAAAAUGACAUUUGCCUUAUCAACAUUGAUUCUGUUUACCAUGUAAACAAUGGUAAGAGAAAGAAGCUCCCAGUUUCAUGUGCAAGUUCAAAUAUUGAAAUAAUAGAAGUCCACUGUAAAGACUUUCGAAUUUAUACAUAUAGCUUUAAAUUUUCUCCUCAGCACCAAAGAUCUGUGAUAAAUACUAUUAUUCAUCAUGCUUUUGUACCAAGAAUCAAUCUCUUGUUUGCCUUUGAUUACAAGCAAGUUUCUCCAUUUUCAGAGGAAAGUGAAAACCAUUCCCUUCUUUUUACUCGGCCUUGUGAUUGGGAGGCUGAACUGGAGAGAUGCAAGUGCCCUGGGUGGAGAGUUACUUUAGCUAAUGAAAAAUUUUUUUUAUGUGAAAGUCUUCCAGAAUGUUUUGUGGUGCCUUCAAUACUGCUAGACAUGAACCUGAAUAAAACUGCUCCUCAUUUUGCUGGGCAUAGAGUUCCUACAUGGACUUGGGGCACGUCAACUGGAGCUUCAAUUGUUCGUAUGGCUGCUUUGGAUACAAAUAUUUCUGAUAGUCUUCAAAAAGAUGUCAUGAUUGACGCAAUAAGUAGAGCCAGUCCUCGUCAAUUACCUGUUCGUAAUUUCAAUUUGGAUGAUGUGUGUCCAACUUAUAAAGAUGUUCAAAAUAGUUUUUUGAAAUUGAAAAGUUUAUGCAUGCCUAGUACAGCUCAAGAGUUCUGGGAGACAGAACAUAAUUAUUUAAGUCAUUUGGAGUCAGCAAAAUGGCUAAUUUAUGUUUCUUCUUGUCUUAAUACAGCCUUAGAAGCUGCAAACUCUUUACUAGAAAAUACUACAGUUAUUUUUUCAGAACAUGAAGGAAGAGAUUUGAGUGCUGUUUUAUCAUGUUUGGUACAGAUUAUGUUAGAUCCUUUAUAUAGAACAACAAAUGGCUUUGAGCUAUUAAUUCAAAAAGAAUGGGUUGCUUUGGGUCAUCCUUUUACAGAACGCCAUCAUUUAGUGAGUGGAUCUGAAUCUGAAGAGUCACCUGUUUUCCUCCUAUUUUUGGAUUGUGUUUGGCAACUUACUGAACAAUGUCCUGCUGUUUUUGAAUUUUCUGAGACCUAUCUGACAACUUUAUGGGAUAGUUGCCGCAUCAGUUUAUUUGAUACUUUUCUGUUUAGCAGUCAUAAAAAUCGUAAUGAAGCAAUCGUAACCAGUGCUCACAACAAUAGUUUUUCACUUCGCAGUGUUUGGAUAUGGUCAAGACAGUUUUCAAAAAAUGAUCUUAGACUCUUUUGUAAUCCUCUUUACAUUCUCAACAAGUACAGAGUAUCCUCUCCAAAUCGAAAAACCAACAAAAUGGAAAGGCCAAAAUCUUUCAGCUGUAUGAAAGACACUGCUCAGUCUCAAGCUCGACCUUUGGUUCUGAAAAAGACAACUGAUAUUGCUCCUAUUGUAUGGAAUGAAGAUGAAGAAAACCUUCUGCGAAUUGACCCAUUUAUGAAAUCCCUAAAGCUUUGGCAUCAGUGUUAUCUAAGAUGGAUACCUUUAGCUCAUAUUCUCGGUGGUGGACCUCCUGUGUUGUUUUUAACAAAUUUAAAAAUCUGCAAUGAAAUUCAAGCUCUAGAGAAAAAGAUUAAUUCACGGUCGAAGCAAUCCAAACCACCUUCAAGGCAUCGAAGGGUUGCAUCUGAUGAUUAUACUAUAUCUGCUGAUGUGAUAGAUUCCUGUUUAAUUCAAGAUGGCUGUUCAAUAAUUACUUCUGUAUUUCCAUUUGCGCCAGUUGCUCCUUGGGAUUGGACUUCUUAUCACUAUGUGCCUUCUACAUCAUGCUUAAAGAUCAGUUAUACAGAGACAGAGGAAUAUUUGGAUGACUAAAUGUUUGUUUGAAAUUAAACUUCUUUGCUUAUCCCGAAUAAAUUAUUUUGCAAUCAUUUUUAGAAGUUAUAGAUCCUUAUAAUCAGAAAUUUAUUUACAAAUAUAAUAGCUCUUAAUUAAUCAUAAAUAAAUCUCAUAUUCUAUUUUUGUAUUUUAUUUUUGAAAUGUAGUUAAUUGGUAGUGAUAGAAAUGUAUCUAAUUUAGAUUUUUACUUAGUUUCAAUAAGAGUUUAACUUCACUCUUCAUAAGUAAAACUUUAUUUAAUUUCUAAAAUUAAUAAUUUUAUAACUAAUUUAUUGUGUUUUUUAAAAAUCUUUAAAAUAAAAUUGGAUAGAACAUUAAAGUAAGAAAAAUAUUUGAUUUUUUUUGAUUUGAUGUUAAUACUGUUUAUUGUUUUUAAUUACUGUGAUUUUGGGUGACCUAAUUAUGUUGCAUGCAGCUAUCUUUUAUAAUAUGUUAGAAUAACUUUAUCAAGUUGUAAAUUUGGCUCACUCUAUGAUUUAAAAUAUGUAAAAUAGCAUUCACAAAUAAUUUUUAAUAAAUUAUGUAAGUUUAGCCAAUUUUAUAGUAUAGGAAAUAUGAGUUAUGUGUAUAUAAGUAUAUUAAAUUAAUAAGUAUAUUAAAAUAUUUUGCUGAUCAAGCCAUUAAGAUCAUUUAAUUGAAAUGUUUAGUAGUUCUUAACCAACUAGUCACAAAAGUGGCUAAUUUCAAAUAUGUUGAAUUGUGAAAAGUACUAUUGUCUACUGAAGUCUAAAUUUUUUAGUCAUUUUCAUUUUUAUGCAAAAAUAAAUUUUUUGCAUAUUUAUUCACUUUUUUUAUGGUUAAGUGAUCAUAUAUGCUGUUAUUACAUUAAAUUUAAACAGGGCAUUCCAAGUCGAAGUCUGAAAAAAAAACUGAUCUCAAAAAUAUGAGUCUUUUUUCUUUCUUUUUUUUUUUCUUUUUCACAAAAGCUUUUUGUUAAAUUUCUUUCCUAAAAUAGGUUUAGGGUUCAGAAUUGACUUAAUAGUAGUUUGUUUUGUUAUACAUGGUAAAAGUCAGUUUCUUGAAUGAUAUUACCAAUUAUUGAUUGAAAUAUUUUUCAUGCAUAAUAGGUGCUUAAAAAUUAGAAAUAUUAUUGCAGAAUCUUAUUAUUUUUUUAUAAAUUCACAUAAUAUUUAUUGAUGACAUGUAGAAAGCUAGUCAACAUCAAGUUGCUUUCAAAAUCAAAAACAUACCAAAAAUUAAUAUGUGCCAAAGAUUUUCAUUUAAAUUUGUUGCCUAGAAUCAUUUUGUAUUUAAUUUGUUCAUAGAAACAUUAUUGUUGUGAAAAGAAUGAAAUGUUUUAGCAAUAUUACAUUAAUUAAACUGAAGUAUCAAAAUGAAUUUGAAUAAAAUAUUCCCUUGACAGUAAGCAGGUAGUUAUUUGUUUAGUAAUUUUAAUUUAAAUCUUUUAUUUAUGAGCCAAUUUGCAAAAUAUUCUUAAAUUUAUUUUUGUUAUUGAAUGGGUACAUUUUUAUAAUAUUUUAUUACUAUUAAGAAUCUGUUUAUUUAUGUGGAAGCUAAGGCUCAGUUACGUAUAUUGUAAGUAUUGACAAUAUAUAUUUAUGCUAAUACGCAGUGAACUAGUUUUUGAGUACAGUAUAAAUAUUUUUUCAAUUUAUAUUUUAAUUCAAUGUUGAGUACUAUGUAAUUGCUUUAUCCAUUUUAAUUUAAAAUUGUGAUUACAAAUCCUGUUGGAUUACAGGCAUGUGAAGGAAUAAAAAAAAUAUAAACAGUUCGUUUGAAAAUGAAUUAUAUUUAUUUUUCUAAUAUAAAUUUUGUAUUAUAUGUAAUUUUCUGUUAAAUUGAUGUAUAAAGAAUGUUUAACUAUUGUUAUUAGUAAUACAUUCCUGUAAGCAAAGAAAUAUUUAAGCCAGUAUGUCAAGGCUGCUGUUGCUUCUUGUAUAUUUGUUAUUUAUUAAAGAGAGUAUUUUUGUGAUUGUUAUAUUUAAAAGUGAAUCUUAAGGCAGAGCUGUGAGUGCAAAGGAGAAUUAUUGCAAGCAAUUAGAUGUACCUAUCUAUUAUGUGUGAUCAUUUUAAAUACUGGAAGGUUAAAAGCUCUUAAAAUUAAAAUAGUUAAUUUGAAGAAGUAUUUCAUGCUAUUCUCUCAGAUAAGUAAAAGAACUCAGAAAUCAGAUAACUAAAUGAAUAUCUUUUAUAUUUUUCAAAUAUUGAAUUUUUUUAGAAACUUUUAUUGUUUAUAAAGUGUUAAUAACUUUUAACUUUUCUGUAUUUCCUGUAGGGAUUUAAAAAAAAAUGUAGUGCAUUGAAAAAAUAUGUAGAAAACUAUGUAUAUACAUCAUUCUAUAUGUGAAUUAAUAUCCUUUCUUUGUAGAAUCUUAUUCUGUAUUUAUAUUUUUUAAUUAACUUUAAAUAAUUCAUGAACAUGAAUGAUGAGCAUGAAUCAUGAACAUAAUCAUUUUAUUCAUUUCCAAUGUCUUCCUGUAUUUAUCAGUUUCAAAUCCUUUUUGUCUAGUGAUAGUAUAUAUCAUAGAGCUGAUCUCAGCUCUAUGGUAUAUGUAGUUCCUUUUACAAUAUGAAUGCAAAUACAAUGUUUGUUUGUUUUUCUUUUAUCUGAAAUAUUAUCCUUUUGUUUUGACUUUGCAAUAUGUGUUGGUUUUUAAAUGCUUAUUAUAUAUUGGUUGCCCCCCCCCCCCACUUUUCCUUACAAAAAUUGUCAUUCACAAAGUUAAUGCCUUUUUAUUUUAAUUUGUUUUUUCAGUUUUUAGAUCAUUUAUUAUAAAUGUUAUGUGGAUUUUUUUAGAUGUUGCUGUGUGCAUUAAAAAACAGAGAUUAAUUUGGUAUUAUUCACAUCUUUUUAAAAAAUUUACCUGGGAUGAAUUUCUGAAUAGUUCUGGAAGCUGACAAAAAUUAUUGCAUCAUAUUUAUCUACAAAAUCAUCCAUUAAAAAAUAAUUAAAAAUGGAAUUUUAUGAUUGAAGCGUUUGGUGCUAUUUUCUUUUUGUAAAUUACCACCUUUGUGAAAUUCUGUAACAAGAAUCUUUUUAUUCAAGUUUGAUAUUAAAAUAAAGGUCUACAUGU